UUCAUUACGACGACGGUCCCGUCCAUGCAGGCGCGUCAGCACACCGAGCAACACACUCGCUAGAUAUACCACACGAAGUCGGGUGCACCACCCUUUUUAAAAACACAACCGAUCGGAUUCUUUCGUUGAGGGUGCGCCGAAAGAAUAUGCGGGCGCUGCGGUCCCCGCCAGGCCGCGCGUUGUAGUCUUUUAAAUGAAGAUGAGGAUAGCAAUCCGAGAGCAGCUCGCAGCGGUCGUGGUCCUCGCGGUUGGGACCGCGUUGGCCAUCGUUUCGAUCCCAACAUGGAUAUUUGUCAACGACUUUGUUAUGGACGUCUCGCGCGAUGCCCUGUCACUGACCGCUUCCCUCAAAGCCGCCAGGAUUACUUCCGAGAUCAAGCUGAUCCAGACGAUUUGCCAAACCAUGUCGACGCGUUUGUUAGUACAGGAUGCCUUUGCACAGUUCUACGCCAAACAAAGCUUCAACGCAACCGAUGACGACGUAUGGCAGGCGGCCAGGACAGACCUGGAGAGCGCGCUCGGCAGCACUGGCUUUCCCAGUCUGCUGCAGGCCCGGUUAUACUCGCGCAACACGACCGGUGAUCCGAAGGGCCUCCUCAGCAUCACAGGCGUCGGUGCCACAGAGUCGGGCCGCAUCUUGCUGCCGUACACAGCUCCCGAUGGCUCGCCUGUCUAUCUAGGGGAUCCGGAAUACGGGUAUCCGCCAUCCCUGUUUCCAAAUGUUACUUACAUCGACCUCGGCCGUCCCAAUGAUGCCGUGCCAACAACGGGUGCCUUUGCAGCCCUCGUAUUCCCGGGCGUUUCUCUGGGGAACGGGAGCGAGAGGACGGGUGUUUUGCUUGGACCCCUGGUGGUCAACUCGACCUUUGCCCUGAUCUCUCUCACCAUUCCCGUUCGCCAAAUUGGUAAUUCGGCCUUCAACCUCGGCUACAUGACGAUUGUCGCCAACACAAGAACGCUGGUCGAAGCCCAGACCUCGGACGAAGGACUGGGCCGGACCGGGAUGGUCCUGUUUGUCGGCUCGACAAACCCGUGGAAUCAUUUUAGCCCUGCGGCGAGCAACACGACAUGGACCCCACCUCUAGACGAAUUUGAGGAUCAGAACGUGGAGUUCCUCCUCCCGCCCGUGGCUAAGUACGGCCAGACGGACCGACAUAGCCAGCGAAGCUUUGACUCCGGCCACUACAACAAGCCGUUUCAGCUACACCAGUAUCCGGCGGUGCUUCACGUCCUCACCAGCCAAAUCUCGGAUACGAACAACGCCACAAGCGACCUAUCGACAACAAAUGAGCAGGGCUACCGGGUUGCUGUGGGCGUGGCUCGACCGCAGACCCCGCUGGUGUCUUGGGCCAUCGUUGUGGAGCAGGACGAGGCGGAAGCUUACGAGCCUAUCGAGACGCUGAAGAAGAUUUUGCUGGGGUGUGUAUUUGGGACGCUCGGAGUAAUUCUGUUGCUCGUUGUUCCGUUCGCGCAUUGGAGUGUCAUGCCCAUCAGGCGUUUAAAGGAAGCUACCGAGGCAUCCCAACUUCCUCCGGGCUAUGAGGAUGAUGAGGACGACAUUUAUGACGAAGAGAAUCCGAGUUCUGGUGGGACGGCGUCUGGAUCAGGACCGUUGUCUGAGAAGGGCAUGUUGGCCAGGAUUCGCCGGAAGAUUCGCAAGGCCCGAAAGGCGAGGCUGCGGCAGGCAAUUGAGCCAAGCCGCCGACACUUCAAGAUACCCGCCAAAGUCGAAGAGAAGAAGCAUUUCAUUACCGAUGAACUGACCGAGCUCACCCACACCUUUAACGAGAUGACGGAGGAGCUUCUACAACAAUACACGUCCCUCGACCAGAAGGUGGCGGAACGGACUAGGGAGUUGGAGAUCAGCAAGAAGGCGGCCGAAGCAGCGAAUGAGAGCAAGACGCUCUUCAUUGCAAACAUUUCACACGAGCUGAAGACCCCACUUAACGGCAUCAUGGGCAUGUGCGCGGUGUGCAUGGAGGAGGAGGACGACUUGCAGCGGAUAAAGCAGUCGCUCAAAACGGUCUACAAGUCGGGCGAUCUUCUGCUCCACCUUCUCGAGGAUCUGCUCAGCUUCUCAAAGAACCAGAUCGGGCAGCAGGUCAGUCUUGAAGAACGCGAGUUCCGCCUGGGCGAUGUACGGUCCCAGAUAUUGGCCAUCUUUGACAAGCAGGUCCGGGAGAGCAAGAUUUGCUUUACCGCCACGUUUGUAUCCACGAGCGAAAGUGCCGACGCCAGCCCCAGCCCGGACAUGCGAACUAGCAUGGACAAGAGACUCCCGGCGUUGGGCCCACCGGGCGUGGGAAGGCUCAAGGACAUGUGCGUGUGGGGCGACCAGCACCGCAUCUUACAGGUCAUUAUCAACCUUGUUAGCAACAGCCUGAAGUUCACGCCCCCAGGCGGCAAGGUCAACCUGAGGAUACGCUGCGUCGGUGAGGUGGAGCCAUCAGGCGACGAGAGCAGGACGUCGUCCUUUUCCAAAGCAGGGUCAAAUCGUCCAGGGCGCAGCCGACACCGGGUGGGAUCCGGAUCGACGAAUUCGGCAACCUCCAACAAGGCGGGUCAUGGGCCGAUUUCGCCGGUCAAGGGCGGGACCGCUCUCUCCAUCAACCCCGUGGAUCCGAGGGCUACCCCGCACGUUCAGGUCAGGGAACGCUCACCGACACCUCCACCGCCGGGUGCACGGACGUAUCUCUUCGAGUUCGAGGUGGAGGAUACGGGACCGGGCAUCCCAGAGCACAUGCAGCAGAAGAUCUUUGAGCCGUUCGUCCAGGGCGAUCUUGGGCUAAGCAAAAAGUAUGGCGGCACGGGUCUCGGUUUGAGCAUUUGCUCUCAGCUGGCCACUCUCAUGGGAGGCAACAUCUCGCUCAAGAGUACGCCGGGCGUGGGGACGACCUUCACGAUGCAGAUUCCUCUCAAGUAUAUCAAGGACCGCACGUCGAGCACGGCCUCCAGCAGCCUGGCAUCUCGACCGCCAAGUGUAGGCUCGGCAACAGAGGGCGACAACGCGCGAAACCCGGUCUCGAGGACUUCGGUAGACCUCCAAUCACAUCAGACACCUCCGGCCACCGUCCUCGACCAGCAACCGCGCCUCGUCGGCCUCAGCCAGCCAUUUUUUGCUACCACACCCAACCGACCACUGAGCAAGGAGGAUCAAAUGGCUGCCAUCGACCGGGCCAUGGCGAACAAGAACGGCCAGGGAAAGUUGCGCGUUCUGGUGGCGGACGACAACUCGACCAACAUCGAAGUUGUCAGCCGGCUGCUGAAGCUGGAAGACGUUUACGAUGUCACCAUUGCCAAGGACGGGCAGGAGGCGUACGACCUUGUCAAGGCCAACAUGGAGAAGAAUCAACAGUUUGAUGUCAUCUUCAUGGACGUGCAAAUGCCGAACCUCGAUGGCCUACAGUCGACGCGGUUAAUCCGCAAGAUGGGCUACUCGGCGCCCAUUGUGGCGCUGACGGCGUUCUCGGAGGAGAGCAAUGUCAGGGAGUGCAUGGAGUCGGGGAUGAAUGAGUUUCUGAGUAAACCGAUCCGGAGGCCGGCGUUGAAGCAGGUGCUGGCCAAGUUUGCGACGAUCCCGGAGGAGCCCGAGACGACGUCGAGCGUGACGCGGAGGACGACACCUGAUAAGACGACGCCUGCGGCGACGCCCGACCGGGAGGAGACCAAAGCCCCCGUCACGGAUGGAGGGGAAUACUUUGCGAUGACUAACGGUGUGCACUCGAGGCCUGCAAGUCCUGAUGAAGAGGCGCGAUAACAAAUAACGGCUUGGGUCCUACCGAGAACCCCCUUUGAAUGCCACGAGUCGUGUCACCUGCUCGACCGCCUGUCGGUGCAAAGGCUGAUCAUGUCUAAAGUAGCUCCACGCGCUCUCUCGGCCG